AUGGCGUCCUCGUCAGCCAGCGACCAGCUCGAUCUGGAAAAAGGCAGCACCUCCCCGGGACCGGCGUCCACCCACGCCGCCGCGCCGUGUCCCGGAACGGGCAGCAAAAAGGAUUGCGAGGGAUGGGCGGCGGGACAAGACGCCCUGGCGCCUGUGUGCUCCCGCAUCGGCUCGCAUGUGCAGGACGACCGGAGUGACAAUGACGAGGACAGCCGGCACGACGACGACGACGAUGGUGCACCGGCUGGGGGCGACAGCGUAGUUGGCAGAGUCCUGAGCCGCAUCACGUCCAAGUCUAGCGUUGACUUGGGUCCGCCGCCGGACGGCGGCUGUGUCGCCUGGACGCAGUGUCUCAUCACACACCUCAUCAUCUUCACCACAUGGGGUUGGGCCAACUCCUUUGGCAGCUUCCAAGCCUACUACACCACGCUCCUCGACCGCUCCCCCAGCGAGGUGUCCUGGAUCGGCUCCCUUAAUGUCUUCCUUCUCUUCUUCGUCGGCACCUUGACCGGCCGGCUGACCGACGCCGGCCACUUCCGCGCCGUCUUCCUCGUCGGCAGCGUCCUCCUCGCCGUCGGCAUCUUUACCACCGCCCAGUGCACCACCUACGUCCAGCUGCUCCUCGCCCAGGGCGUCUGCAUCGGCAUCGCCCACGGCUGCCUCUUUUGUCCCACCCUCGCCGUGCUGUCCACCUACUUCCACCGCCGCCGCGCCCUUGCCCUCGGCAUCGCCGCCUGCGGCUCCGCCACCGGUGGCCUCGUCUUCCCCAGCAUGGUCCGCCAGCUGUUGCCUCGCGUCGGCUUCCCCUGGACCGUCCGCGCCAUUGGCUUCGUGCAAAUCGCCGUCAUUGCCGUCGCCAACCUGGGCAUCCGCACCAGGAUCCGCCCGCGCAAGACAGGCCCCAUCGUGGAGUGGCCGGCCUUUCAGGAACUGGAAUACACAUUCUACGCCGCCGCGGCUUUUUUUAACUUUUGGGGCGUCUACUUUGCCUUCUUUUACAUCUCUGCAUACUCACGCGACGCGCUCAACCCACCACUAUCGUAUCCAGACUCUCUGAAUCUGCUACUCAUUCUGAACGGCGUCGGAAUCAUUGGCCGCAUUGUCCCCAACUUCAUCGCUGAUCGCAUCGGUGCCGUCAACGUCUUCAUCCCGACGUCCAUCAUCGCCUCCAUUCUCGUGUUUUGUUUCAUCACCAUCGAUCGGCCCGCUGGGCUCUACGCCUGGGUCGUAGUUUACGGAAUCGUUGGAGCUGGAAUUCAGAGUCUCUUCCCUGCAGCCCUUUCUUUCCUCACAACGGACCUACGUAAGCUAGGCGUUCGCAUGGGCAUGGUCUUUACUAUUGUAAGCUUCGCCGUGCUCACGGGGCCACCAAUCGCGGGCGCCAUCAUUGCAAGCCCUGCUGGAUAUACAGGCGCCAAGGCAUUUGCUGGCAGUUCUAUGGCUGUUGGAUGCGGGUUUUUGAUUGCCGCAAAGCUGGCCAGGAUGCAUAGCAAGGGCCUUGGAUGGAAUAGUAGAAUUUAA